UUUUCUCUAUUAAAAGGCUGAAGAUUCACUGGCUCCGUGUAUCACCCAACAGUUAGUGUCAUCUUAGACAAAUAGGGUUUUCCAUUAGAUAAUGAAUUAUGAGAGAAAUAUGUUUCACACUGGAAAAACCAGUCACUUGCUGAUGUAAUGCUAACUAACCAAUCCCAAACAAAGCCCCAGCCCUCUUCAGUUUGAGUGGUACCAAUGUGUGAGUGUACAAAUCAGCAGUCUGGUAUAAAGCUUCCCAUUAGGAAUACUACCAAGAAGCUCUUGCCUUCCUCUAUCCCCAUUCAAGGAGAGUGUGCUGGUGGGAGCCCCGCAAACAACAAGAGAAUUUGCUGAAGAGAAGGAAAAAGAGCGAGAGAGAAAGAGAGAAGGAGAGAGAGGGGGAGAGAAAGAGAGAGAGAGCGAGCGCGCGGAGGAGAGAGAGAGCGAGAGAGAGAGCAAGCGAGCGAGCGAGCGAGCAAGCAACCCCAGCCCACUGCCUGCCGGAGGGAGGGGGUCAGCUCCCCGGGCUUUUAAAACCAGCCUAGCCCCCCAGCUCGGGCGGCCAGCAUGCCUGGGCUCUCGCUGAGAGGCUUUCUUUUGGCGCUCUGCUGGAUCCGAGUCAGGAGCUCCCCUACGCCGGGCUCGGAGGGCGCCAGCUCCGGCCCCGUCCCGGAGUGCCCGUCCUGUGCCCUCAGCAGCCUGCCCAAGGAGAUCCCCAGCUCGCAGCCGGAGAUGGUGGAAGCCGUCAAGAAGCACAUCCUCAACAUGCUGCACUUGAAGAAGCGACCCGACGUCACCCAGCCGGUGCCCAAGGCGGCCUUGCUCAAUGCCAUCAAAAAACUGCAUGUUGGCAAGGUGGGUGAGAACGGGUACGUGGAGAUCGAGGACGACAUCGGGCGCCGGGCAGAGAUGAAUGAGCUCCUGGAGCAGACCUCCGAGAUCAUCACCUUCGCCGAGUCAGGCACUCCCAGGAAGACGCUACACUUUGAGAUUUCCAAAGAAGGCAGUGACCUCUCGGUGGUGGAGCGGGCUGAAAUAUGGCUCUUCUUGAAAGUCCCCAAGGCCAACCGGACCAGGACCAAAGUCACCAUCCGACUCUACCAGAAUCAGAAGCAGUCCCCGAGCAGCUUGGAUGGGGGGGAUGAGGCGGAGGAGGUGGGCCUCAAGGGGGACAAGGGCGAGCUCUUGAUAUCCGAGAAGGCGGUCGAUGCCCGCAAGAGCACCUGGCAUAUCUUCCCAGUCUCCAGCAGCAUCCAGCGCCUAUUGGACCAGGGCAAGAGUUCGCUGGACGUGCGGAUCGCCUGCGACCAGUGCCAGGAGACGGGCGCCAACCUAGUGCUGUCGGGAAAGAAAAAGAAGAAGGAGGAGGAGGGAGAAGGGAGGAAGAAGGAAGCUGGAGACAGCGGGGCCGGAGGAGAAGAAGAGAAAGAGCAGACCCACAGACCUUUCCUCAUGAUGCAGGCCCGCCAGUCUGAGGACCACCCACACCGCCGCCGCCGCCGCGGCCUGGAGUGCGACGGCAAGGUCAACAUCUGCUGCAAAAAGCAGUUUUUUGUCAGCUUCAAGGACAUCGGUUGGAACGACUGGAUCAUCGCCCCCACCGGCUACCACGCCAACUACUGCGAGGGCGAGUGCCCCAGCCACAUAGCAGGAACUUCCGGCUCCUCCUUGUCCUUCCACUCCACGGUCAUCAACCACUACCGCAUGAGGGGGCACAGCCCCUUCUCCAACCUCAAGUCGUGCUGCGUGCCCACCAAGCUGCGGCCCAUGUCCAUGCUGUACUAUGACGACGGCCAGAACAUCAUCAAGAAGGACAUUCAGAACAUGAUAGUGGAGGAGUGCGGCUGCUCCUAGGCCCUCCCCGGCCUGCCAGAUGGAGGGGCCCCUGGGGCUGGGGGGUGACGGACGGACAAGGGAGAGACGCAGGAGACAGUGGAAAGGCCAUGAACGACAAGACACAAGAGCCUCCUUUGGGAUGGAGUUUCUCCGGGAAACUUUAAAUAAAAUCAGCCGAAGACAUAUGAAGGAAACAUGCAGACCCUCAUAAGCCCGGGGCAGGGAAGAAGCAGGGGAAGGAGCUGGGGACUGUGGAGGGGAGGAAGAAGAGGGGAUUCCCUCUCCUCCCUUCUUCCUAGGGAGAACCGACUGGCUACUUGGGUGGUGGACGCACGGCAGCCUCGGCCCUUUCCCCCGCCCUCUCAGCACCAGCCCUGAGGUCAGCUCCCCCAGCUUGUCAGUACCGUGGAUCCCCCCAUUCCCAAGAGCAUCCCGAGAGCCAUGGAGCGGAGCAGAGCUAGGGUCGGUGUCCCGGUUGGCCGAGGCCACGGGGUGUCCACCUGCCUGCGGGAGAUGGACAUAGAGAUGUGUAUCGGGGUGUAUACACAUCUCUAUGUGGAGAUCUCCGAGCAGACCAGGGCCCGAUGAGAUCCGUAGCCGUGUCUGCACCCACUGCCUACGGCAAGGGAAGGAGAAGGGAGUACCCCUGGUACGCAGGGGGUGACACCUUGUCUGCAGAGAGAGAGAGAGAGAGAGAGAGAGAGGGCAAGGAUGUGGGAGAGAUGAAAGAACAAAGGAAGGAAAAAUACCAAGUAACAUUUCGUUAAGGUGCUCAAGAUUCUAGAACUAUGCAACCUAAUUGGUUUGAAACUGUUUACCUGAGAGAGAACAAAAAGAAAGACUUGUUUUUUUGUUUUUUUUUUUGUUUGUUUUUUUGUUUUUUUUUGUAUUGGAAGUAA